UUCAUCGCAAUCCACUUCAAACACAAACCUCAUAAAAAAAAAAGCUUAAUUCGAUCAACAAUGUUGAAGAUCCCAGUGAUAGCUGCUGUUGCUGUGGCCUUAAUCGCAGUGCUAGCUUUGCCGGUUCGCAGCCAACAACCGCCGCUUAGCCAAUGUACACCGUCUAUGAUGACCACCGUGGGUCCUUGUAUGAGCAUCUUAACCAACAGUAGUACCAACGGAACUUCACCUUCCUCUGAUUGUUGUAACUCGUUGAGGUCUUUGACUACGGGAGGAAUGGGAUGUCUCUGUCUUAUUGUCACCGGAAGUGUUCCUUUUAACAUUCCUAUUAACCGUACAACCGCCGUCUCUCUUCCACGUGCUUGUAACAUGCCUAGUGUUCCUCUUCAAUGCAACGCCAAUAUUUCUCCAGCUGCUGCUCCUGGACCUGCUGAUACAUUUGGACCGGCCAUGUCUCCAAGUCCAGCAACAACUCCAAUUGUUCCAGAGCCGACUCCAGCAGCUCAGACACCACAGUCUGAAACAACUAGACCUUUUACACCAACCGUGAACGGUGCUGCUCCUGCGGCUGACAACGGAGGAAGCACCAGUCGACCUUCUGUUACUCCUUCCUCCUCCUACGCUCUCUCACCAUCUCUUCUCUUCCUUGUCGCCAGCCUUGUAGCUCUCAAAUUCUACUGAUUUCAUUGUUUCUUUAUUUUCCUCUGUCUUCAUUCUCAUGUGAUUUGAUUUAUGCAUCUCUCAAACCAUUUGUUGGUCAUUUGCUUUGUAUAUUUCUUUUUAUGUGAGAAUUUUUACUUUGUAUUACUGCCUGAAGUAAUAUAUCAUUUGCUUGAUGCUUAA